UGAAAGAUUUUUUUUAAGACUGAAUAGAAAUGGUUUGCCAAAAUGUCCAGAAAAGCCUGAAAGACACUGUUCUCUCUUUGUGGAUUUGGGUAGCAGUGAACUCAGGAAGGACAUCUAUAUCACUGUGCACAUUAUCCGGAUAGGACGAAUGGGAGCUGGAGAAAAGAAGAAUGCCUGCAAUGUACAAUAUAGACGUCCCUUUGGCUGUGCAGUCCUCAGUAUUGCAGAUUUGCUGGCAGGAGAUUCAAAGGAUGACCUCGUCUUAAAAGUCUACAUGUGCAACACAGAGAGUGACUGGUAUCAGAUCCAUGAAAAUAUCAUUAAAAAGCUGAAUGCACGUUAUAACUUGACAGGCUCCAAUGCAGGUUUGGCAGUUUCUCUUCARUUGCUUCAUGGAGACAUAGAACAAAUCAGGAGAGAGUAUACAUCCAGAUUUACCCAUGGAGUAUCCAUAACAAGGAAACUAGGAUUUUCCAAUAUUAUAAUGCCUGGUGAAAUGAGGAAUGAUUUAUAUAUCACCGUAGAAAGAGGAGAAUUUGAGAAAGGAGGGAAAAGUGUUGCCAGAAACGUGGAAGUGACAAUGCAUGUGGUGGACAGCAGUGGUCAAAUCUUAAAGGAUUUUAUCUCAUUUGGCUCCGGAGAGCCACCAGCCAGCGAGUACCAUUCUUUUGUGCUUUAUCAUAACAAUGGCCCCAGAUGGGCUGAGCUGCUGAAACUUCCUAUUCCUGUGGAUAAAUUUAGAGGAGCUCACAUCCGCUGUGAAUUCCGGCACUGCUCCACAAAAGAAAAGGGUGAGAAGAAGUUGUUUGGCUUUUCUUUCGUGCCCCUGAUGCAGGAAAAUGGGAGGACUCUGCCAGAUGGCACCCAUGAACUGAUUGUACACAAGUGUGAAGAAAAUGCAAACCUUCAGGAUUCUGGUCGCUACCUCAAACUGCCCUUUUCAAAGGGAAUAUCCCUAGGAAACAACAGCCAAGCAGUAAAAACCACUAAAGAGUCCUUCUGGAUWACAUCCUUCCUCUGCUCCACUAAACUCACACAAAAUGGAGAUAUGCUUGACCUUCUGAAGUGGAGAACCCACCCAGACAAAAUUGCAGGUUGCCUCUCAAAAUUGAAAGAAAUUGAUGGUUCAGAAAUAGUGAAGUUUCUUCAAGAUACACUCGACACUUUAUUUGGAAUUUUAGAUGAAAAUGCUCAAAAAUAUGGAUCAAAAGUAUUUGAUUGCUUGGUUCACAUAAUAAAUUUGCUGCAGGACAGCAAAUUUCACCACUUUAAGCCAGUAAUGGACACCUACAUUGAAAGUCAUUUUGCAGGAGCACUUGCAUACAGAGAUCUUAUAAAAGUACUGAAGUGGCACAUUGAUCGAGUCACUGAGGUGGAGCUUCAUGAGCACAUACAGGAGGUACUAAAGGCACAGGAAUAUAUCUUCAAAUACAUCGUUCAGUCUCGAAGAUUAUUCUCUAUUGCAACUGGUGGACAAAACGAGGAGGAAUUCCGYUGCUGUAUUCAAGAGCUUCUUAUGUCAGUGCGCUUCUUCCUUUCUCAAGAGAGCAAAGGAACAAGUGCUUUAUCCCAACUACAGGCUGUAUUUCUCAGCUCAUUCCCAUCGGUGUACUCUGAACUUUUGAAGCUCUUUGAUGUGAGAGAAGUGGCCAAUCUGGUUCAUGAUGCUUUGGGCAGCCUGCCAACAGUCAUGCACGGGGAUGAGUCCCUUCAAGCUGUUAAACUGCAGAGCAUUGGGAAAACUGUGGAGAGUCACCUGUACACUAACCCAGAUUCUCGAUGCAUUCUUCUUCCAGUAGUUUUACAUCAUCUCCACAUGCAUCUACAAGAGCAGAAGGACCUUAUCAUGUGUGCCCGUAUCCUUAGCAACAUAUUUUGCCUCAUCAAGAAGAACAGCUCAGAAAAAUCAGUCCUGGAAGAAAUUGAUGUGAUUGUAAACAGUCUGCUGGAUAUUCUGUUAAGGACUAUACUGGAGAUCACCAGCCGACCACAACCAGCAGGCUCUGCUCUGCGCCUCCAGUUCCAAGAUGUGACUGGGGAAUUUGUCUCCUGUUUAUUGUCRCUCUUGCGACAAAUGACUGACAGACAUUAUCAACAGCUUCUUGAUAGCUUCAACACAAAGGAGGAUCUGAGGGACUUCCUGCUGCAGAUUUUCACAGUAUUUCGGAUACUAAUACGACCAGAGAUGUUUCCAAAAGACUGGACAGUGAUGCGUUUGGUUGCAAACAAUGUGAUCAUUACUACAGUUUUGUACCUUUCGGAUGCCCUCCGUAAAAACUUCUUAAAUGAAAACUUUGAUUACAAGAUAUGGGAUUCCUACUUUUUCCUUGCUGUCAUUUUUAUAAACCAGUUAUGUCUGCAACUGGAGAUGUUCACACCUUCCAAGAAGAAAAAGGUGUUAGAAAAAUAUGGUGACAUGCGGGUAACAAUGGGAUGUGAAAUCUUCAGCAUGUGGCAAAAUUUAGGGGAACACAAGCUUCACUUUAUUCCAGCACUGAUCGGGCCCUUYCUGGAAGUGACCUUGAUCCCUCAGCCAGACCUGAGGAAUGUCAUGAUUCCUAUUUUCCAUGACAUGAUGGAUUGGGAGCAAAGGCGAAGUGGCAACUUUAAACAGGUGGAAGCAAAGCUGAUUGACAAACUGGACAGCCUAAUGUCAGAAGGUAAAGGUGAUGAAACAUACCGAGAACUCUUCAACAGUAUUCUGCUGAAGAAAAUUGAGCGGGAAACAUGGAGGGAAAGUGGCGUUUCGUUAAUUGCCACUGUGACUCGCCUCAUGGAGAGGCUCCUGGACUACAGGGACUGCAUGAAAAUGGGAGAAGUGGAUGGCAAAAAGAUUGGCUGCACUGUUAGCCUUUUGAAUUUUUACAAGACUGAACUGAACAAGGAAGAAAUGUAUAUUCGCUAUAUUCAUAAGCUCUAUGACCUACAUCUGAAAGCACAAAACUUCACAGAGGCUGCCUACACACUCCUGCUGUACGAUGAGCUGCUGGAGUGGUCUGAUCGACCCCUGAGGGAAUUCCUCAACUACCCCAUGCAAACAGAGUGGCAACGUAAGGAGUGUCUCCAUCUGACCAUCAUUCAAAACUUUGACAGGGGAAAGUGUUGGGAAAAUGGCAUUAUCUUAUGCAGGAAAAUUGCAGAGCAGUAUGAGAGCUACUACGACUACAGAAACCUCAGCAAGAUGAGGAUGAUGGAAGCAUCUUUGUAUGAUAAAAUUAUGGAUCAACAGCGUUUGGAGCCAGAAUUUUUCAGAGUUGGUUUCUAUGGGAAAAAAUUCCCAUUCUUCUUGAGGAAUAAGGAAUUUGUUUGCCGAGGACAUGACUAUGAAAGGCUGGAGGCCUUCCAGCAGCGAAUGUUGAAUGAGUUCCCACAUGCCAUUGCUAUGCAACAUGCUAAUCAGCCAGAUGAGACCAUCUUUCAGGCAGAAGCACAGUAUUUGCAGAUUUAUGCAGUGACACCAAUUCCAGAAAACCAGGAAGUCUUGCAGAGAGAUGGCAUUCCUGAUAAUAUCAAGAGCUUUUACAAAGUAAAUCACAUCUGGCGAUUCCGAUAUGACAGGCCAUUUCACAAAGGGACCAAGGACAAGGAAAAUGAAUUCAAGAGUCUGUGGGUAGAGAGAACCACACUGAUCUUGGUGCAGAGUUUACCUGGAAUAUCUCGUUGGUUUGAAGUAGAAAAGCGUGAAGUGGUGGAAAUGAGUCCCCUUGAGAAUGCUAUUGAAGUCUUAGAAAAUAAGAACCAGCAGUUAAGAACACUGAUUAGUCAGUGUCAAACUCGACAGAUGCAGAACAUUAACCCUCUCACAAUGUGUCUAAAUGGGGUCAUUGAUGCAGCAGUUAAUGGUGGAGUUGCUAGAUACCAAGAGGCAUUCUUUGUCAAAGAAUAUGUCUUGAACCAUCCAGAGGAUGGAGAGAAGAUCACACGCUUGAGAGAACUGAUGCUCGAGCAGGCCCAGAUUCUAGAAUUUGGCUUGGCAGUGCAUGAGAAGGUGGUGCCCCAGGAUAUGAGGCCGUUGCACAAAAAGCUGGUGGAUCAGUUCUUUGUGAUGAAGUCAAGCUUGGGAAUUCAGGAAUUUUCUGCCUGUGUACAAGCUAGCCCUGUUCAUUUCCCAAAUGGAAGUCCUCGUGUAUGCCGGAAUUCUAUACCUAUUUCCAUGAGCCCAGAUGCUGCCAGGGUAAUACCACGACGCAGCCCUUUGAGUUACCCAGCUGUCAAUCGAUAUUCAUCCUCAUCACUGUCAUCCCAAGCUUCUGCUGAAGUCAGCAACAUCACUGGGCAGUCAGAAAGCUCAGAUGAAGUUUUUAACAUGCAGCCUAGUCCGUCUACCUCAAGCCUGAGUUCUACUCAUUCUGCUUCACCCAACGUGACCAGUUCUGCUCCAUCCAGUGCCAGAGCUUCUCCUCUGUUGUCUGACAAACAUAAACAUUCCCGAGAAAACUCUUGUCUGUCUCCCAGAGAGAGGCCCUGCAGUGCCAUCUACCCUACUCCUUCAGACACCUCGCAGACUACAAACUCUUGCUUUGCCAAGUGGAAUGCGACUUCUAUCCCCCACUCUAUCCGAGAUUGCAUAAGGGAGGCUGARGAGCUCGUAGGCCCAGUCUCCGCUCUCUCUGAGACUCGCCCAGCAGGAAAAUCUCCCAAUCUGUCUCUACCCUCAGUGUCCCAUGWGAGGGUAAGUAGAAAAUUAACUUGCUCAUACAGUGAAGUAUGUUUCAAAGAUGAGAAGGUCUGACCGUUUCUUUCCGCCCUUAUAACCAUAAAUGAGGAUAUAUCUUUCUGGGGAAAGGUGAAAUUUCUUUCUCUGGUGUGCUGUCCCCUCAGCAUUAAAAAUGGACUGUAAUCAGAAACAAAAUCCUGGUUCUCUGUCUUCUGAUAAA